CAGAGUGGCGGUGCAGACAGUAGCCGCUUGGGGAGUUCGCGAAGAAGCUGAAGGGUUUGUGGUUGUGGAGGCUUUUGCUGCUAUUUAAACCACUCCGCCCGGGCUGUUCUGAGAGAGAGUAUUGUUGUUGUAUCUGCUGUUGUAUCUCUUGUUGUAUCUCAUAAUGGAAUCACCCGCUCCCUCACCACCCCAUUCCACCAGAACCUCGACAUCAUCCCUCGAAGACCCCUUCUCCGGCCACGACCAUGCAGACUACGAACAGGAAUUUGACAGUCUGCCAAUGCUUGACCGCGACGCAAUGGACCUCCCCAUGCGCGCGCCCGAAGCCGACCCUAUCGACCUCCCCAUGCGCGACGGUUCUUUAGCUGAAGUAGCGUCCCCCGAAGGCCCCUUUCUCGACCGCUCCGCGAUCGGAUACUCGCAGGUUCCUACGGUUGACGCCGAGAAGAUGUAUAGCUUUGCGCCGCCGACUGUCAGCAUACGAAAGACCCGUCGUCGCAUCUGCGGCCUUUCUAUCGCUGUCUUCUCAAUCAUCCUCGCGGUCGUGGUGCUCCUCAUUCUCGGCCUUGGCCUCGGUCUAGGUCUCGGGCUGAAAAAACACCAGGCGGUUUCCUCCAACGAAGAUACCUCGACUGUCCAUAUCUCGAGCAAAGUGACGGAGGCGCGGGCAACGCUCGAGUCUGGCUCAAGUCUCGCAGACUCGUUCUGCAAACCGAAAUCUUCGCUCUUUAACGAUACGAUCCCGACCUUGAAAUCGUGGAAUCAAAGUCAGGAGUUUGAUGCGUUUGUGACCACCACUUGGACCGAUGGGUCUGCGGGUGGUGUAAAGCUGUCAUAUACCCCUGACAGCGACGACUACUCAAACAUCCUCCCCUACGUCUACAAAAGCGACUACCUCGAUCUCGACAUCGAAUACGGCGUCAGAGUCACGUUGCAGAUCUUCCUAGAUGACGGCUACGACCCUAGUCUCGACCUCAUCGCUAUCCAAGCCCAGGUCAACGUCGGCCAAGCGUUAACCCAGUCCACCUCUGUUGUCUGGAAAUGGAGCAAUCUCCAAUACGAGCUCGACGCCAACGGAUACAACGCCACCACGUUCACCAUCCAGGACGUGUUCACCGUUCCUUCAACGAUCGACGUCACAGAUUCCUCUCAUUUCCAGUUUCUGAUCUACAUGUCUCCCUUCAACCAAACCGGUUACGUCCUCUCCGCCUCGAUCUUCAACUCAACCGAUACAACCUGCGACGGCGAUGAUCCAAACUACCCAGCCUUAGACCUGGACUACGAGCUCGACCAGGAGACUUCCACGAUCAUGGUCCAGUCGAAUAGUAACGUGACCAAGUUUGACAAAUCUGCCGAAUCUCUGUUUUGCUCGUUUGACUCUACGAUUUUGGGUGAGGACGUCGCGAACCUUACUAUGGGGUGGUACUCAAUCUCGCGAGAUGAUGACGGCGAGACGAAUUUCUUUGAUCAGAUUAUUUGGGAGGACGACAGAGUCGGAGGAUAUGGUCUGCAGUCAGAAUCUGGCGAUCGCGAUACUUGCCGGUCUUGGCUUUCGAUCACGAAAAACCUUACUAUGAACGCAGGUUAUGGUUUCAAAUUCUCCUUCAAGACGAUCUUGAGCUCGUCGUUCGAUUCUUCUGCUGAUCGGGAAGCUAUUCGGGCUGUAAUCUUCCCUGAAGAGGACUCAAAUUCACCGGUUUACGAGGCGACUCUUAUGCAGAACGAAAUAUACGAGUAUGGAUGGAACGAUACAGUCGUGACCGUGCAAGUAUACUUCAUCUCUUCCGACAAAUACAACAGCACCGUCUUUCAAGUAUACGGACAAGACGUAGACCAAACCACGUACUACUUCCUCGUCGACGUCUACGCCGACGGGAAGGAUACAUCCUGUGGCUUCACAGACCCGGAUUACGUCCAGUCGUCGAUAACGGGGCUGUCGAGCUCUGACGGCGAUUAGAGUGUUUGUUUGUAUUUUGUACUUUAUGUUUCAUGAUUGGUCGGGUUUCUCUGCAUUGGAUUGCGCGUGUGCUUUAUUUUGUUGUAACUUCUAUAUAUUUUUGAUUGUAUGUAUUUUCUAUCUCUAAUAUCAGUAUAAUUUCCAUCA